AUGACAAAACCAACUCUUGCUGAACUUCAACAUGAAUUUGAUAAACGUUUAAAAUUGUACAAUGGUACAAAUGAAGUUUCUGAUCUUUGGUUACCAUAUCUAGCUGCUAUACAAGAUGUAUUACCUGAAGAUAAUAAUGGUGAAAAUACAUUAGCUAAUAAUCAAAUUCUUUAUCCAAUAUGCUUAAAAUGUCUUGAAAAAUUUGAAAAUAAUUCUGAACAAAUUAAGAAUAAAGAUUUUGCUGAAAUUUGUCUUUUAAUUCCUGAAAUGUCUGUAGAUAAAGGACUAUGGUAUGGAUUAUUUUAUAAAAAACAAGUCGGUGUUAAAUAUGCACAUUUAUGGAUUGAUUGGGCUGAAUAUACUGAAGAAAAUGAAUUAAAUUGGGCUGGUGCAUGGGGAAUCUAUGAAGAAGCAAAGAAAUUUGUUAUUGAUCAUGAUGAAUGUGCUGAAAUUGAUAAAGCUUAUCGUGCUUUUGCUGAUCGAUUUCAAGAAUGGGAUAAAAAUGAAUAUGAAAAGGAACAGUCGAAAGUAAAACCAAAAAAUCGAGCAACUGUAACAAAACGAAAAACUCAGACACGUAGUUCAUUCGAAAUAAUGAUGGCAAGUGAACCUAAAACAAAACGAUCACCUAUACGUGCACAAGCUAGUCUUGAAAGCGAUGAUGACCCCGAUUGUCAAUUAUUACCUGAAUGUCGUGAAGCUGUUCGUCUUGAAUAUUCUCGUAUGCUUGAUAUGUCAAAUACAAGUUUAAUGGGUGGUGAACGCGUUAGUUGUAUUCCAAGUAAUAUUCGACGUGGCUCAGUUGUACCACCAUUAAUGAAUAUAUUUACAAUUGAUCAAGUACUUCGUCGUCAAUCACAAGUACCAAUAAAUGAUACAUUGGAUGAAAAUUUCCUUGAUGUGUCUUGUAUUGUUGUUGAUGAACGUGAUCCAUUUGAUGACCAUAUACGAAGACAAAUACUUGAUAAACGUGGAAUUAAUUAUGCAAUAAUGGAAAAUUAUUCUGUUGAAAAAACAAACUUACCAACAGUUUUAUCUAAAAAUAAAAUUGGAACAAAAAUUGAAAAAGUUAAAUUAGGUGGAAUAAAUUAUGAAUUUGGAAAAAAAUUAGGCGAAGGUGCUUAUGGUUAUGUUAUUACAGCUCGAUUAGAAUCAGACCCAAAAGUAACCUAUGCUUGCAAGAUUCAACACCCACCGACUGUAUGGGAAUUUUAUAUUCUUACUGAAUUAUCUCGACGUACAAUUCGUAAAGCUGGUCAAUUUGAUCUUAAUCAACGAAUUCCGACUGUUUAUCGUUUAAUCGAAUAUAAUGAUUAUAGUGUUAUGCUUAUGCAACGUGCUCCUCAAACUUUACUUGAUUUUGCUAAUUAUCAUAUUAGUCGUGAUCGGUAUGUUCCAUUGUGCUAUCAACUUUAUUAUUCGAUUGAAAUGUUACGUAUUUUCGAUUACAUGCACCGAUUACGUAUUAUUCAUUGUGAUGUAAAACCAGAUAAUUUCAUGGUACUUCACUGUCCAACAACAUUUUCAACUAAAAAAGCUAGUUGUGCACCGAUUCCAUCAUUAAUGUUAAUUGAUUUCAAUCGUUCAAUUGACUUAAAACUAUUUGAUAAUGGUACAGCAUUUGUAACAUGUGUACCGAAAAAAGAAUUAGCUUGUGUUGAAAUGUUAAAUAAUCGUCCAUGGAUUUUUCAACAUGAUUUAUUUGGUAUGGUUUAUUCGAUUCAUGUACUUGUUUUUCUUAGUUAUAUGACAGUAUGUGAAGAUGAACAACGACAAGAUGGUUCAAUGACAACAAAAGCGAAAUUUUCAAAACGUAUACAUGAUAUAUGGAAAGAAUUUUUUUAUGAAUUUCUUAAUAUACCGGAUUGUCAACAUUUACCCGAUUUAAAUGCAUGGGCUGAUCGUUUAGAAUUAUUAUUAUUUGAAGAAGCUAAACGUAUUAAAUCGAAAGAUACAGAUUAUGCAAGUAUGUUUCGAAUGAAACUUGAUACACAUCUUAAUCAAUUUCAACCGCCACCACCACCGACACCAGCACCAACAAGUUAA